UCAAACAUGGCCGCCACCGGUGGCUCCGCCAUGAGGUCUUUCCUUAGCGUCUGCAGGGCUUCUGCUUUAAUUACUGCGAAAUCCGUGUCGGGAAAUGUGCAGUCAGUCACCGCAGCGGCUCCCGUGCUGCCACGUCGGGUUCACAUGAGCCCAGCCUCCAGUGGCAAGCACCAAUCAUCUACGGGCCAGGAGAAGUUUUCUGAGGAGUACAUCAAGAAACAGAUAGAGGAGUUCAACAUUGGAAAGAGGCAUCUGGCAAACAUGAUGGGCGAGGAUCCUGAGACCUUCACCCAGGAGGACGUGGAUCGCAGCAUCGCCUACCUUUUCCCUUCCGGACUGUUCGACAGGAAAGCCCGACCCGUCAUGAAGCACCCGGACGAAAUAUUUCCCAGGCAGAGAGCUGUUCAGUGGAGUGAAGAUGGGCGCCCCCUCCACUUCCUCUUCUACACGGGGAAGACGUCAUAUUACUCCUUGGUGCAUGACAUCUAUGGGAAGAUGCUGGCUUUGGAGAAGCAUGAGGAUCGCAUGAGGAGCAAAGGUCUCCUGUCCCAGGAGACCAAGAAGCUCUCUCUGGGUGGCAGCAGAUGGCUGGUGAAAGAGGAAUUAGAAGAGCAGCUGGUGGAAGUCAUGUCUGAUCAGGAUUAUUCCCGCUUCCUCCAGCUGAUGGAGAAGCUGGUGUCGAUGGCCUACAGCCCCAUGGAGGAGGAGUUUGUCCUCCGCUUCCGCAGGCAGCUGGAGAUCCAGUCCCGCAGGCAGCAAGUCCCGCCCCUGCAGCUGGACGAGAGGGGCGUGGCCUUCAGCACAGGAGAAGGGAGGAGAAAGACAGCCACAGCCACGGCAGUGCUGCGGGACAGUGGCUCCGGCAAGAUCACUGUCAACGGGAUCGACUACACACAGUACUUUCCUGUUCUGCAGGACCGGGAGCAGCUGAUGUUUCCUCUGCAUUUCCUGGAUCGGUUGGGGCGACAUGACAUAGAAGGCAGCGUGACUGGCAGUGGGCGUUCUGCCCAGGCGGGGGCACUGCGACUGGCUAUCGCUCAAGCUCUUUUGAGCUACUCGUCUGAGAGCGAGAUGGAGGCCAUGAGGCAGGCUGGUCUGCUGACCCCUGACCCCAGGGUCAAAGAGCGCAAAAAACCAGGCCAGGCCAAGGCCCGGAAGAAAUUCACCUGGAAGAAGCGAUAGUGUCGGCAUCGGCCCGGGACCCAGAGUCUCGUCCUGUGACACAGAUUACCUUCAACUGUAUGGUCACGUUUCGUUGGAAUCCCCAACAUCUCAGAAACUGUCCCUACAGCGCAGUGGACUACAGAGAUUCUGCAACUUUGUUGGCCUAUUUUGUGAACCUGUCAUGUAACAAAAAUAUAAUUGCUGCUGUAAUGUUUAAAUAAAGGCUCCCUGGAAUAAAAAAAAAAAAUCAUUUGGA